GGGACUGAUACCCCUGAAGGUAGACUACUUUGUUUGGCUUUUCCCAUCCUGACUGCUUCGUUUUCCCACUUUCCCGCCAAAAAGUCAAUUUUCUCUGGAUUUUCUUGUUUUUCCUUCAAUCUCAGAGAUCUCAUUCGAUGGAGGAGGAAGUAAAGAAUUCCCUCACACUGGAUGUCUUGGUGAACAAUGCAAAGGUGAAUGUGAUAGAAUUGUCAGGGAAGCUGAGUCUUCCUCUACCUUCGUGCUCCCAAAAGCUCGAAGAAUGGAUAAAGGUGUGGCAAGAGGAAAUUACGCGGGAGUACUUAGUGGAGGGCUUGGAUGCCAAUGGGAAUGGUUUCAUCCGGAUAGUCAGCGAGAAGAAUUUUGAGAAAUUAGACAAGAAGGGAACAACAAGCUUCCUCUUUAGCGUUGAAAAGAAGCACGAGGGAGUACUAAAUUCAUCCUACCGUCCAUCAAAUUCAACCUACAAACGGAUACAUUUAACCCCAGAGUUGAGGGAUGUGGGAGCAAUCUCAGUGGUUUCCAUUGCUUCAGAAGUAGAAGCAAAGGAUGUCAAGAAAGAGAAGAAGGAAGCUCCUGAGAUUCCUACCAAGAAAGCACCAUCUAAGGAAACACUCGUGUCGAAAUUCUUUAGUGAGAAACCAAAAGAGAAGCCCAAGGAGACACAGGAGCCACCCCCAAAAGUUGAAAAAAGCCCGGAAGUUAAGAAGGAAGUCAAAUCCGAGUCAGGAAGCGACAAAGAUACUACAGUAUCACCGGCAAAAGGAAAAGCUCCACCUAAAGUGGCCGAGAAGAAGACUGAUGGGAAAAAGGGGAAGGCUGCUCCGGCUGGAAAUAAGAUGAUUACUUCAUUCUUCACUAAGGUCGCAAAACCUGCUGCCCCUCCUGCACAGGUAAAGGAGGAAAAGACUUUGGAAAAGAGUGAACCUGAGAAAAAUCCUGAGGUGGCAAAAAAACGGCCUUUGUCUGAGGAAAAGUCUCCGCAGCAGGUGAAAAAGUCCUCACCAAAGCCUCAGAAGAAGAUGAAGAUGUCGAAGAAAGCAAAGCCCAAAGUGAAGGCGGGAACUUCGAGAAUUCUUCAAAUUGUCGAUGAUGACACAAGCGAGAGUGAAGAAGAGCGUAUAGAUCAGGAGGAGGAUGAAGAGAAGGACAAUGAGGGGCAGAAUGUCGUUCUGGAGAAUGAGGAAGUCAAGGAGAAAACUCCUCCAAGACCAUAUAAAGAAAAAAAGAAGAAAACCAUUCGGGAGUGUUACAAGGAUGAAGAUGGUUAUGAUAAUUUCAUCCUCAAACAAGUUGAUUGCAGCUCUGAAGAAGAAUAAGAGAGAAAAUAUCUCGAAAUUCUCUCAUCAGGAACCAUUUGUUUGAUUUUUUUAUAAAUAUAAAUCGAGUUAUCUGAAUAA